GAAACUUGAAGGAAGCAGCUUAGAGAGAGAGAGAGAGAGAUGAGGACUCCUUGCUGCGAGAAGAUGGGGCUGAAGAAGGGGCCAUGGACGCCUGAAGAAGAUCAGAUUCUGAUCUCUUACAUCCAGAGAUUUGGCCAUGGCAACUGGAGGGCACUGCCGAAACAAGCAGGUCUGUUGAGGUGUGGAAAGAGUUGCAGGCUUCGAUGGACGAAUUACUUGAGGCCUGGCAUUAAGCGAGGGAACUUCAGUAAGGAAGAAGAAGACACCAUUAUCAAGCUCCAUCAACUUCUUGGAAACAGAUGGUCUGCCAUUGCGGCCAAAUUGCCAGGAAGAACAGACAACGAGAUCAAGAACUUCUGGAACACUCGGCUGAAGAAAAAGCUCACGAAACUUGCGGGGGCAGCGGCUCACUCAUCAAGCACCAUAAAUCAUGACUAUCAUCAGCAAUCCAUUCGUCAAAUUCCCAUUUGCUUCGCAGCCACAAGGAGGUCUGCUGGGCCUGCCAUGAAUUUCUCAAGCCAUGAUCAGAAUAUCUCUACACGAAAGCUUGUUGAUGAUGAUGAUCAUCGUCAUCAGAAUCAUCAUCAGAACAAUAUUCACCAUUCAAGUUCUUCCAGUGAUGAUGAAAUGCGAGCAACAAAGAACUCUUUCAUGGCCGCCAAGUUUAUGGAUCCAAGGCUUCGGUUAAUGCCUUCUUCUGCGGAUUCUACAGGCUGCAGGAAUAUUGUUCAUGAUAGUGGCCAUUUCAAUAUCACCAGUGAUGACAUGAAUUUUUGGUUCAACGUCUUCGUUGAGGCCCAAGAGUUGCCGGCAUUAACAAGUCCUCGUCGUCUCGAUAAAUGACACAAAUUUUAGCUCAAUCGAGUUAAAAAAUGCCUAGAAAAUAAAACAAUUGCUUUUCUAUACCAUUUUGUGUACUGUUUGUGGUUGGUUUUCUGCAAUUUGGAAGGAUUAAUGUGAAAGAGCUGGUAGUGUGAUCAUAAAGUGGCUGUAUAGCAUGAAUUGUUUUGAGUUUCAGCCGACUAAGUUCAAUAAUGGUUGAUCCAUCAAAGACACAUCUUUCCUAUUU